AGACAAACAAUGGUGUGCGGAAAUUCUUGCAUAAAACUAUUGUUCUUUGUCAUCAAUUUUUUCAUUUGUAUAUUUGGAGCACUUAUCUGCGGAUUCUCGUUGUGGGCAAACUUGGACAAAAACUUUGGAAGCCACUUGUCGGACUUUGUUCGGCAAAUUGAAGGAAUUGACCAGAAAUUGGUUAAUGAGAUUGCUGAAUACCAAGCGUCUCUCUGGAUUCUGGUUGCUGUUGGAGCCCUUCUCUUCCUUGUCGGAUUUUUUGGAUGCUGUGGAGCCGGAUGUGAAAGCCCAGUACUUCUCGGACUUUUCAUCUUCAUCAUUGUCAUUCUCACCGCUGUCGAGCUCGGAGCAACUGUGUUCGCAAUGACUAACCGGGAAGAAUUUGUGUCCUCGAUUCAACAAGUCCUUAAGAAGUCCUCGGCAACUUAUGAACUCCGCAAAAACAUCAAGCCAAUCCAAAACGUGUUCCAGUGCUGUGGAGCAACUGCUCAGACUCAGAAUCGUUACAUUCAAGAUGGUUUAUGUGGUCCUGAACCGCUCAGUGCCCCGGUCAACUGCUUCGACCGAAUCUCACAUAUGGUACAAUCAUGGGGCGAAUCCAUUGUGGUGGUCGCUUUCCUGCUUCUAGCAAUCGAGCUGUUCGCAAUCCUGUUCUCUUGCAUUUUGUGCAGAUCAUCGCAAGAAAUCCGUUACACUCCGUACUAUUCGUAAUUGAUUCGGUAUGAAAAUUGAAACAUUUUCUCAAAUAACGUUGCUCCUCAAUUUAGACAGCUUAUUUUUAUUUGGUUCUAUCAAAAAAAAUUCUCAACAAACAUAGUUGAAAAUUUCUUGAUAGCGUCUGAGAAAUGAGCUUAUCCUCUUAAUCCAUGCUCAUUCCGUUCUCCUUCUCAUGCUAACUCUGAUUUGAUCUACCUCGGGUUUUUCUGUCCUAUUGUCUUUUUUUCUUUUUUUUUUGAAACAUAUUCAACUAGCUUUGCAUUUAUUUUUUUAACUUUCCCAAAUACGUUAUUCUCCUGAAAACAGUUUAAUUGUCAACUUCAUUCACUUUUGUUCUCACAAUAACAUAUUGCAAUAAGUAAAUUAAAUCAAUAAAUUUGAUGUAUC